GCGGGGAGGCCGGCGAGGAGGUCCGCAGUCCGUCACGCCGCCCGUCCCGCCGCCCCGAGCCGCGGGCGCGCGCAGCUGCAUCAACCGAGCGCGCGGCGCGUGUCACGUGGUGCGCGUGUCGAAGGUCACGGCGCGCUCACAAUGGAGCUCUCGGAGUAUGUGCAGAAAGGCUUCCAGAUGCUGGCAGAUCCUGGCUCCUUCGACUCCAACGCCUUCACGCUUCUCCUCCGGGCGGCUUUCCAGAGCCUGCUGGACGCCCAGGCGGACGAGGCCGUGUUAGAUCACCCAGACUUGAAACAUAUCGACCCAGUGGUUUUAAAACAUUGUCAUACAGCAGCUGCAACUUACAUACUGGAGGCGGGAAAGCACCGUGUAGACAAAUCAACUCUGAGCACUUAUCUAGAAGACUGUAAAUUUGACCAAGAGCGGAUAGAACUGUUUUGCACAGAAUAUCAGAAUAAUAAGAAUUCCCUAGAAAUCCUACUGGGAAGUAUAGGCAGAUCUCUCCCUCAUAUAACUGAUGUUUCCUGGAGGUUGGAAUAUCAGAUAAAGACCAAUCAACUUCAUAAGAUGUACAGACCUGCAUAUUUGGUGACCUUAAACGUGGAGAAUGCAGAUUCCCAAACCUACCCAAAGAUUAGUUUUAGUUGCAACAUGGAACAAUUACAGGACUUGGUGGGGAAACUUAAAGAUGCUUCGAAAAGCCUGGAAAGAGCAACUCAGUUGUAACUGGGGAAAGUAACGAUCCACCGGAGAGUGUAGAGGAAAACCAGAAACGCCUUGCCUUCAGCGAACCAUCAUUUCUGACGGCUGGAUGUCCUCCUUUCCAGCAGAAAGGAUUUUUCCUUUUAAAUUUAUGCCAUUCAUCAGUUCUGACACUUUUUUACACGUGUAAAGGUUAAGAGGGAAAUGCUGCCUAUUUGAGUCCUCUUUUGUACCUGUGCAUUAUCCUAUGUUGAUCUUUUUCAACUAUGAAAGGAAGUAGACAGUGUUACACCGUGAAUAAAUAAGGAGUUGUUUCCACAGA